AUGGCAGAGGAAGGAAAGCGUAGGAGAUCGAGGCCAUCGAGUUGGUGGGAGGUGCAGGAGGAUGAUACUGAAAAUGUGGAGGUGGAAGGGAGCAGUCAACUCACAGCGCAAUCGAACUCGCAAAGUCUGAAUACAAAUUCAAAUACACCAGGUGGUGGAAAUACGAAAAGGAAGGCGAAACCUUGGGUUCCAGCGGGUAUGGGUCCACCAAUUGAGAAAAGACGCGGACGGCCCUCCUCUAAUUUAGGUUCUAUGACUGCGAAACAAAAGGGAAGGAAUGACGAUGGAGAGAGGUACAUUGAGGCGGAAGCUGAAGAUCAUGGUUUAAGGGAACAACAACAAAUUCGAGAUGAUAUCAAGCCAAGGAGUAGAAGGAAAGAUACGAACAAUACGAGAGAAGUAAUGAGUGUGAAUAGCAACACGGAUGUAAUCGAGACAGUGACUGCGACUAGUUCUUUAGCGCCGCAGAAGAAAAAGGGUAGGCCUCCUAUUGGAGUUGUUAAUCAUAGAGUGGGAGACGAGCGAUCAGGAAAUGCUGCGACGGGAAUCCGAAAUAAGGGCGAGUCCAAGGCCAAGGCGCAGGAUAUGGAACUUAGGGAGAGAAGACGUGGAAGACCAGCGUUAGGGGAUACAGAUAUCACAAACAAUCAAAAGAAGGGGGAUCGCAUGGAGCCAGAAAAUGGCGAGUCCUCGCGAUCACAAAGGCGCCAUCAGGCAGAGCCCGAAUCGUCGGCACCAGGUCAUACAAUGAAGAAGGCUUCCAAGGAUAGCGAAGAAUCAUCCGAGAAGCGUGCGAAGCCAAAGCAUGUCAGAAUAUCAGAUGUAUCACAGGAUAUCGAGCCGGAAUCUUCACUGUCCAAAACGAGAAAGCCUGUACUUUCAGAGAGUUCCGAGUCCGCAAGAAAGCGGAAGGAUUCGAAUUCAGACAGCCCGCAACCACAACAACAAACUAAACGUCGCCGCAUAAAAGAUUCACAAGACAAUCGGGAAGUCGCAGAACAGCCAGAGCCACUUUCAUAUCGACAUCUAGCAGCUGUUACUCGUCGUGUUUCGCUCGAGACUAUCAAUACGAAGUGGGAGGCUUUACCACCAGGAUGUUUGGAUAAGAUUUCAGAGUUACUGAUUGACGUGCAAAGACCGGUUGUUUUACAAAUCCACGAUGAACGCAGGAAGACUCAAGCCAGCACAGCUAUACAAAUGAUAAGCCGUCGACUUCUGAGUAGGAUCCGAAAAGGUAUGCCAUUUCCUAAAGGUGCAAGAACUAAUCGGGAGGAUGAUUUCGAUUUUGAGAAGAUACUGGAUUACAAUCGAGCUUUGGAAUCUCAACUUACACCGGUUUUGCAUUCAAAUGACCUUCUGGAGGCCGAGUUGAGGAAAGAGGAGGUAUUACUUGAAAACGAGGAAAGAUAUCUCGCAGAAUUGGAGGCAAAUGCAAAGGAUGAGGCGAUAAGUAGAAGACAAGCGGCUCGCAAGGCUCAUCCGUUGCUUCAAUUCGAGGUUAAUAGCACUGGGAAGGUACUCAAUGAUAAUAUUGGUCUUGAUGAGGACGCAGAUACUGCCUCAAUAACUCUCAACACCCCGAAAUACCAGGAUGUCGAAGGCAUUUUCAAAAAUAUCAAUGGUCACGUGGACAGCAUUAAGGGCAAUUUACAACAAGUUGAAGGUAUUACUGAAGCUAUGGCUAAGAGUAAAGCUUCUGUACAGGCUGCUCUUUUUGCUCAUCUCGAUCUCGAACAAUACAACGAUGUGGUUUUGGGUUGA